GCACCUUCUAUGCGAACGCCGCCACAAGGGCCGGCUUCCUUUGCCCUUUGGGCACAGGGUGGGUGGAUUUCGAAGGUUUGCAUGAUUUCGGCUGCCUGGCAUGCAAGCCAGGGGACACGCAGGUUCUGAACGUGACGAGCAGGCCGUGCAGUCAGUGCCCCGAAGGGGCUUCCAAAUGCCUGGCCAGCGAGCUGAAGAUGGAGCCCGGGCUCAUGGUGGAAUUGGAGGAUGUCAAGCGCAGCUUCCACUGUCCCAACGAGGCUGCCUGCCCUGGGGGCGACGUAUCCCAGGGAAGGGUGCGCCUGGCAAUGUGCGCAGCUGGCUACCGGGGCCAAGGCUGCACGAGCUGCAGCGAUGAGCACGCCAUGGCGGACAGCAGUGUGUUCUCGUGCACUGCCUGCAGCAAAGACCGUCGUGUGCAGGCGGUGCAGUGGAUCACGUUCCUGUCUCAGCGCACCUUCCUUUUUGCAAUCGGAGCUCUGAGCGCCUUUGGAGCCAAGAAGGCUGGGGACCUGAAGCAAAGCAGCAUCUACCUGAACCAACUGAUGGCCUUUGCCACCAUCUCCAACACGAUCCUGGCUGCCGUGUUGCAGACCCAGACGGCGAAGGACAUCAAAAGCGACGCCGCGAACUUCUUCUUCAACGCUGCUAUGCACACCGCCGAGGCAGCUUCCGGACAAGGAUCGUUACGCAGCGCCUCCUCGCAGUGUCUUUUGUCCUACCUCGGCUACGAGAAGACCUU